AGAAGAAUAUUUCCCACUUCUAAAUGGGAUGUCGCUAGUGAAGUCAACUCGUAGAGGAGGAAUUUCUUUGGUGCUUCCUUCCGCCUCUAAUUUGCUCUUUAUUUUAAUUUUCUUAAUAGGGAAAUUUGCUUCUUAUAUACAAGUUGAUGAUCUAAAUACGUAAUUACAUAAUCACUACUCUUUACUUCACAUAUCUGCCACCAUGGUCGGAGCACCAGUUUCUUACUCCGGCAACCAACCUCAGCCUCCGCCCGCCGCCGCUACAAAUCCGGGCAUGAUGAAUCCGGACGCGGCGGCGAAAUACGCUCCGCCGCCUCCUCAGAUGUACGCUACACCAAGCGCGUCUAUCUCGACGCUCCUGCCCUACGACGGGCAGACGCCGCCCUACGGGGCGCCGCCUGCUCCUCCGCCGACGUCGGCGCCCAUCAAUAUGAGCUACCUCUACCCUCCCAGUACGGCGCCGACGUCGGCUUUCCCGCCGACUUCUGCUUAUCCAGCUGCUGCUCCGCCGCCUCCCUUUCCGCAGUCCUCGGCCGCCCCUCCGCCUCCUUUUCCUCCAUGCUCGAUUGCCCCGACUCCAUACCCUCCCCCUUCAUCGGCUCAGCCACCGUUUACAGGCGGUUACCAGCCACCUUCCACCGGCGGUUACCCGCCGGCGGCUUAUCUUUCUUCACAGCCGCAACCAACCUAUCCUCCGCAGCCUAAUAACAAUCCCGCUGCGGCUGCGAGUGGUUAUCCAGGCGCUGGAAACUAUGGGCCUCCUGCAUAUGUAAAUACAAGCCAAGCACCACCGUACGGAGCCUACUCGGCGGCGCCUCCUGCCUACGGUAUGCCUCCAUCCAAUGGCGGCGUCUAUCCGCCACGGUAUUAAAGCGCCACCACCAUCAAAAUUUGAGUAUGCCUUUAUUAUGAAAUUCGUGAGAGCAUAUCCAAGUAUUUUCAGCAAGUUUUAUAAUUCAAUCAUAUUUGAUGUACGAGGAUUUCAGCUUUAAUAUCGCUUGACUCACAAAAGUUAUAUCACACGCUUUGGAAA